AUGGGCAGCGGCGGCUCCUCGGGGCGCGGGGCCCGGCUGGCGGCCGCCGAGGGCCCCGACGGCGUCGAGCAGCGGCUGGAGGUGCGGGGCCGGCAGGUCCCGGCCGAGUUGUGGGCUCAGCAGGGGCUGCGGAAGCUCUACCUGAGCGACGCGGGGCUGCGGGAGGUCCCGGACGAGCUGGCGGAGCUGCAGCACCUGCGGACCCUCGCCCUGGACGGCAACGAGCUGAUGGAAGUGCCCGAGGCCGUGUGCGACCUGCCCCACCUGGCGCACCUGUACCUGGGCCGCAACGGACUGCAGUGGCUGCCGGCCUCCUUCGCCCAGCUCCAGAGCCUGCGCUGCCUCUGGAUAGAGGGAAACUUCCUGGCGCACUUCCCCCGCGCCCUCCUGCAGCUGCCGGAGCUGCGCAGCCUCCAGCUGGGGGACAACCGGCUGUGCCGGCUGCCCGCGGCGCUGCCCCGCAUGGCCGGCCUGCGGGGGCUCUGGCUCUACGGGAACCGCUUCCAGGAGUUCCCGCCCGUGCUGCUCCGCAUGGAUCACAUCCGCGUCCUCGACAUGGAUCGCAACCGCAUCGCCAGCUUCCCGGACCUCACCGGCCUCGCUUCCCUGCGCCUCCUGUCCUACGACCACAAUCCCGUCCGGCAGCCGCCCUGUGUCGGGGAUGAAGUGCAGCUGGUGGGGGACGGGGCGCAGGAAUACAUGGAAGCGCGGCAGGAGCGGCUGCAGAGUCUGCAGCACCAGGAGGAAGAGGAUGAGGAAGGCACCGAGGCUGCCCCGGUAUCCCCCGAGGAUGGGCCGGAGUAUGGGGAGGGGGAAUCUGUGGCCUUGACGGGAUCUCCUGAGGAACUGUGAGCCUCUGUUCUCCUGAGGGGGUGCAGAGCCUCCACCUGCCUCCCAAGGAAUUCCCAUCUAGGGCUGGGAAAGGAGGAAGUUCACAGCCUCCACAAAGGAAAACCAACGGUCUGAGGAUCAGCCUUAUGCAGUUGGGACAGCAGCUUUGUGUCCUGGAUCUGCAGGGCUCAUGGAUCCCAAUGGUUAUCCCAUCUGAGAGCAUCCCACCUACUCCAGGGUGCCUUGGAUUGGGAUACAGUCCCCUGCCCUGAGGGGUGAUCCCACACUGCCCCCCCGUGAGAAUGGGGACGUUUCCACUCCUCCACCUCUGAAAAUCCUUUACUCCUGUCCCAAUGGGCAGCACAGGAAAAACCAAUGCUGGUUGCAUCCAUUCCAUGGAUCCUGUCAUCCUGAAGAGCUCGAAGGUUUGGGAACAGAGGCACAGACCCUGAGAACCCAAUCCUGCUGCUGAAACUGGGCUGGGGGAGAGAAUUUUCCACCAGGCUCCUCUUGGCCAUCAGGUUUGGGAAGGAGCUGAUGGAAAUUAGACCUGGGUCUAAGCACUGCCUGUCUCCAACCUGGACAGGAUUUUGCCACUGUGGGAAGAGGAGUCUCAUCCCUGGCCCUCUCUGUCCCCAAAUGGGCACCAGAUCCAGGGCUGACACCUUAUCCUUCCUUUUCCUCUCUCCAAGUGCCUCUUGGACCAAAUGCAAGCAAUAAAAAGCACAAAUCCAAUGAAUUUGUUGUGAGAGAACAGUGGCAGGGACCAGCCUCAGGGAAGGGGUUAUUUGGGAUCCCCUAAAACCGAGUGACAUAUUCUGGUGUGUGACCACCAGCUCCUCUUAUUUUGGACAUCCAAGGAGUCCUGAUUCCCUCUGCCCAUCUCCAAGCUGAGCUGGUGUGGUGGGAAGCUUGGGGAUCUGAGGUCUGGAGCUCGCUGGAGGUUUCAAACCAUGCAUCCGCUUUUAAUGGCCAUGGAUUUGGGUUUGGGGCUGGGAGGCAGCCAGAGCUCCUGCCACAUCCGCUCCAGCACUGGCAGGGCAGAUGCUGCCCGCUUUUCCCUCCACUUCCUAUUCCACAGCAGGAACCAUGGCUAUUUUGGACACGUAGAGCUUCCUCAGCUGCGGGAUGUGCAGGAGCUGUCGGUGCCAGCUCCUCCGGCGUAAUUUCAAGGAUUUGGGGCUUAGCAGGAGCUUGGAAUCAAGUCUUCCCAAUAGGUACAGGCUGUCAAUCCCUUUUCCCACCCAGGUGUCCUUCACUGUAGGGCAGAGCAUCCCAGGAUCCUGUGACAUCCCAGGAACGCACUCCUGGAAUUCUGGGUGUCUCCCAGCCUUUCAUGCCAUCGAUCCAGGGUGCUGCUGCUUUAUCUGGGAAGACACUGCUGCUAAUUAGCAAGGAAUUAACCAUGAUCCUGAGGGUUCUGACCCUGGCAGAGACCCUCAGCAUUCCAAACCCCUGCUGCAGGCAAGAUCUGAUGCCACCAGCUCCAUGCAGAUCCCUGCCAGCCUACCCAUUCGGCAGGAACUGGGAUGCAGGUGGCUCCGGAUGCCACCAGCCUGUCCCCAUGGCCGGGAUCAGAUCCAGGAGCUCUGACAUCUGGGAAAGGGGGGUCCUCCCUCUCUGCAGCCUUUUCCCACCACCCAGCUAUUCCCAAGGAGCUGGGUUGGGAUCCAGGCACCGGUGACGAUGCUGGUGACACCAGGACCAGGAGCUGCCGCAGUCAGUGGGAAUCUGACAGAUUCCGGCUCCGCUCAAGUAUUUUGGGGCCGCUGGCACCGGCGAGUCCCCGCUCCCGGCAGUGCAUCAUCCAUACGUCUGUCCCUAUAUAUAUCCCUGCCUCCUCUCCCGGCCCCGCGUGCGACGGUUUGUGGCCUUGCCGCAGCUGGGAUCACGCUGCUAUUUCCAUCUGCUCCCACUGCCUGCCAGCACAAAGCAACGGGAUUGGGAAUAGCUGCGGAUCCGUGCAACAGGAGCGCCGGGAUCGCUGCGCUUUCAAAGAUUUGGGAGGAUAAAAGGAGUCCGGCGUUGGUGUAAGAGCCCAGGCAGAGCCAGGAUCGGUGGCACCGAUGACAUUGGCAGCUUAGGAAUGCCAAAAUUUCCAGGUUUGGAUCAGCUGGAGCUGGAGUGAGGGUAGGCAGCAGCCACCACCCCUCCA